GUGCAUAACUGUGUUAGAUAUUUAUUUGCCAAUGGCAUCAUUGUGCUUAAAGAGCUAGUGAUUGUGCAUGGCCGUGUAACGACCAAUAAUAUUGAAAUAUCCCAUAUCUAAACUCCACCAUAAUAUUUUUUAGUCAGUUUUCAAGACCGACUUUCGACAUUCGAACCUUGGUCUUUACUAAACUCAAUGGUGUCUGCUUGGAGAUCUAGGUUGGCCCUUUAGCAAUCAUGGUUUCGAACAUACAAGAUGAUGAAGUGGCUCAUAACUGUCACACAGAAACCACGCCGCUUUUAUCAAAUUCCGAGCCCUUAGAAUCAGAUACCAGCGGUAGCUGGGGUGCAGAACUAUGGCUUCUUUUACAGUACUCUGUUCCUCUUAUAGCGACUUAUCUUCUUCAGUAUUCAUAUAGCGUUAUCACGACCUUCGUCGCAGGUCAUCUUAGCGCCGAUGCUCUUGCAGCUGCCAGUAUAGGUAUGACAACAAUGAACAUCGUCGGAUUCGCCACUAUCGAGGGCAUGGCCACAGCUCUCGACACAUUGUGCGCUCAGGCAUAUGGUUCGGGGAACCUUCCUGGUGUCGGAUUGCAUGUCCAGAAGAUGCUACUUCUCAUGACGUUAGCCAUCAUCCCCAUUGGCAUCUUCUGGAUCUGCUCCCCAUGGGUGCUGUCGCUCUUCGUCAGACAACACCAUCUAGCCGUGAUGGCAGGCUCUUUCCUGCGGGUUAGCCUUAUUGGUUUACCCGGAUACGCCUCAUUCGAGGCAGGCAAGCGGUUCCUCCAAGCCCAGGGGGACUUCAAAGCUGCCUUGUUUGCUAUUUCAAUAUGCACCCCGAUCAAUGCUCUUCUCAGCUGGUUCUUCGUGUUCAAGAUGGGGAUGGGUCUCGAUGGCGCCGCGUUGGGAGUCGCGCUCACUAAUAACCUCCGGCCUGUGCUUCUUCUCAUCUACAUCCUGCUACCAAUGGGAAAAUGGUCGCGUCAAUGCUGGGGCGGGUUCUCGCGGGACGCCCUCUCCAAGUGGGGACCUAUGGUACGGCUCUCAUUAGCAGGGUUUGCUGUGAACUUGGGGGAAUGGGCCGCUUUUGAGGUGGUGACCUUCAGCACUUCCUACCUCAGCACGAACCAUCUUGCGGCGCAAUCAGUCGUGAUGACAAUUUCGAUCGUAUCUUGGCACAUCCCCUUCUCGAUGAGCGUCGCAAUAAGUACACGCAUCGGUCACCUAAUCGGAGGUGGCCUUGUCACAACGGCUCAACGCGCGGCCGUCCUGUAUGCUGUUGUCUGUACAGUUGUCGGAAGCGUCGAUGGACUGAUAAUACUUGUUCUACGGAACCAACUUUUGACUUUCUUCUCAGAAGAUGAUGCUGUCGUUGGUAUUGCCUCUAAGACUAUGCUUACAGUUGCGGCGUUUCAGAUUAUAGACGCUAUCAUAUGCUGUACUAACGGUUUGCUUCGUGGCCUUGGACGCCAGUCCUUCGCUGCUUGUGUAGUGUUUGUGGUCAAUUACUUGGGUGCUGUUCCAUUAGCAUUGUGGUUAGAGUUGGGCUCACCGGCCUUGGAAUUGAACGGUGUUUGGAUUGGCCUUGGUAGUGGUAUGGUGCUGACCGCUGUCAUCGAGGGCAUAUAUAUGAAAUCAAUGAGGUGGCAGGACUGCGUAGCUAGCGUGAAGUCGAGAGAAGGCCUGUAGGGAACAUGGUAUGAUUAAGCACCUACCCAGAGCCUCAGCAUGCACGUUUCAAUCAUGUUGUCUUGGCUACAACAUUAAUGUAACUCGAAGGGUCUUGUCGUUAUAUUUUGGAUCGUCAAAGAGGCGUGUUGCCUUACCAUGUAGUGGAAUUAUAGGUAUGAAAUAGAUGCAAUACCACUCUGGAUAAAUUGCUCAUGUC